AGCAACAGGGACGACGGGAAAUGUAGUUUAAAAAAAAGAUUACCCGAAAUGCAAUAGCAUUCGGGAAAUACCAGGCGGGGAAUAGGAAUAGUAACACCAUGCGAGAAUCCAACCUGUGACAUCUUACACAUUUAAGACUCUAAAAACAUCAAGGAAGACGGUGUUAAACGAAACGGACUGAUAUAAGACUGGUCUGUGUUUCCGGAGGCUAACAUUUGUAGUCCGUUUCUGUUCUGAGCGGAUUUAGCUUCAGAGCUAACGGUCACUAACGUGUUAGCUGUCAUGCUGUGCUGCUGUUAGCUUCUUCAUGAGUAGCUGAGGUCCAGGUCGACAGUUUUAUUAAAUGUGUGUCAUAUUAAGAUAACAUGUCGGGCUUUAACUUCGGCACAGGAACCCUCGGUGCCGCCAACGCCGGGGGAGGAUUCGCGUUUGGAGCUGCAACCAGUGCACCUGCAGCCAGCACUGGUGGUUUCUCUUUUGGGACAGCUCUGGGUGCAGCAGCUCCAGCCCCUGCAGCGGCUGCCACCACCACCACCCCAUCGCUCGGCCUAGGAGGAAGUCUGUUUGGUCAGAAACCAACUGGAGGAUUCUCUUUUAACACACCUGCCUCAAUUGCUGCUGCACCCACAGCAGGCCUUACAUUAGGUGCCCAAGCAACGACGGCUCCAACCACCGGCUUCAGCUUGGCCGGCUUCAACAAGCCCACAGCAUCAGCAACACCUUUCUCCCUCAACGCCGCCUCCACAGCAGCACCUGCAGCACCUGCAGGGGCAGGUUUAACAUUUGGUUCUGUCCUGACAUCUACAGCUCCUCAGCAGCCAGCAGCCUCAGGUUUCACCCUCAACCUUGGUGGCACAACAUCCACAGCGGCUGCGGUCUCUGCCAUCCCAUCACUGGGUGGGAGUCUGUUCUCCAACGCUCCCACUUUAGGUUUGGGUCAGGCCACUCUUGGAGGAGGGGGGUUGAUGCUGGGCUCUCUGCUAGCUGGCUCCACAGUAGCAGCAGCAGCAGCAGCAGCAGCAGCAGCACCUGCACCCAGUGUUGGCCUGGGUGGAGUUGAUUUCAGCACUUCCUCUGAAAACAAGAGUGACACAUCAUCUGGAGCCAGUGCACAGGACAGCAAAGCUUUAAAAGAUGAGAACCUGCCUCCAGUCAUCUGUCAGGAUGUGGAGAACUUUCAGAAAUUUGUUAAAGACCAGAAACAGGUUCAGGAGGACAUCAGCAGGAUGUCAUCUAAAGCCAUCUCUAAAGUCCAGGAUGACAUCAAAAGCCUCAAACAGCUGCUCUCUGUCAGCGCCAGCGGGCUGCAGCGCCAGGCUCUGGCUAUUGACAAGCUGAAGCUGGAGACAGCACAGGAGCUGAAAAACGCUGACAUCGCGCUGCGUACACAGAAGACUCCCCCUGGACUUCAGCAUGAAAACACUGCCCCGUCAGAUUAUUUCCGUAGCCUUAUCGAGCAGUUUGAAGUGCAGCUGCAGCAGUAUCGCCAGCAGAUAGAAGAACUGGAGAACCACCUCACGACGCAGAGCAGCGGCUCCCACAUCACCCCUCAGGACCUGACUCUGGCCAUGCAGAAGUUGUACCAGACCUUUGUUGCGCAGGCUGCUCAGCUCCAGUCUGUCCACGAGAAUGUGAAGAUCUUGAAGCACCAGUACCUUUCCUACCGCCGGGCCUUCCUCGAAGACUCCACAGACGUCUUCGAGUCCAAACGGGCAUCAAACAGGAAGUGGCAGAGUGCGCAGCGAGUCACGACCGGGCCCGCCCCUUUCUCCAGUGUGCCCAACGCUGCAGCUGUGGCCAUGGCAGCCACGUUGACCCAGCAACAGCAGCCAACUCCAGGGACUCAGGCACCCUUGGGGGCAGGGUUUGGAAACCCCUUUGCCUCAGCAGUGGGCACUAGCUUGGGCUCUUCUACCCUCGGAGGUUUUGGUGGUGGGCCAGGAUUUGGUGGGGUGGGGACUGGGGGUUCUUCUUUUGCCUUCUCCUCCACCAGUAAGCCCACAGGAGGCAGUCUGAGUGCAGGUUUCGGUAGCAGCAGCAGUACAGGCUUCAACUUCAGUAACCCUGGCCUCAACCCCUCUGCCGGUCUGACCUUUGGCGUGUCUAACCCGCCGGGUUUUGGAGCCGGAGCGCCUCUCCUCCAACUAAAGAAACCCCCAGCUGGAAACAAAAGGGGCAAGAGAUAGAACCCUGUGAGCGAGCAGCUGACCAGCUUUGAGUUUGUAGCGGGUAAGGCCUGCUCUCCCAAAAGCAUUUGUGCUAUCUUUAUUCAAAUGAGGAAACAUGAAGACAUCAGUGAUUCAAUAAGGACAUCAAUAAAGAUGAGACUUACACAGAAACACAAGAUCCAUUCAAAAUCAUUCAGAGGUAUGCACAUAUCAAACAUUUGGAAAAACCUUUAAACCAAUAAGCAUUAUGUUUUAUAAUGCAGCCGUCUGUGUUCUCCAUGGUUCUCCACUGAUCUGAAGCCAUCUUUGAUCCUGAAUAAACAAAUACAUGAACAGUUCUGAUCUAACAAAAAGUAACCUUGUUCUCCUGAGAUCGGUUCUUUGAAGAAAUUAAAAUUACUCGGCUAAAUUUGAAAAUUGUUUACAUAUUUUUAAACAUGAGUUCACCUAUUUGCAUUGACUCAAAACGUUGCCUGCGCGCCAUUUUCUAUAGCACCACAAUGCUUACGGGAUUGCUAGCCAUACAGAGAGCAGAGUAACUCAGUUAGUUUCUUUAUCCGUCAGGAAUUCUCUCAUCUGAAUAUUGUACACGAGUGAUGUCUUUUCAAGCAUCAAGGCAGACAAACAGAUUCUGUCACUGCACUUGAACGCCUCACAAAAUAAUGACUUGGUCCAAGUCUAGUCCAGGGAAGGGAAACACACGGUAAAGGGACAGUUCAAGUUGAUUGGUAACAGCAUAGUCCCUGCACACAGGUGUCAGCGGGAGGUAGAAUCUGCUCCUAGAUCCUUUUUAGCCACAGCAGAGUGUCCAGGGUGGGUUUUUGGGGAAUCACAGUUUUAUUUUUGUAUCAAGUUGAGAAAGAGAUGACAUUCGGGAGGGGUAAAAGGGGACUAGCGUCUUUGGAUAGUCCAUUAUGUAGUCCACAUAACCUGUGUUGUUUUGCUAGAGUCCAUCCUUGUCAUUGUUUCACAAUUAUGUAUUUCAUCACUUUUUGCUUGCCCCAGUGUCAGAGCUCGGGAGAGGAAACAGUGAGGUGAUGUUAAUGAGAUCCAUCUGAAAGGGGUUUCUCCAGCAGAUUCCAAUGACUCCACUCAUUUUCUAUAUGUACUAGAAUACUUUUGCACUUGCCAGUGUACAUGAGCUGACAGUGGUUGUUUGGAUGUGCAUGUGUGCCUGUUGCACAAGUAUGAAAUAGUCUCUCUGGUCUAUCAUCGUUUCUGACUUCUUUUGAGCGUCAGGUGUGGUUGGGGGAAUAUUCUGCUUUUUUUAAAAACUGUCCAUGUCAGUUUGGUUACCAAAUACUGGUAGUUGUAAUAUUAUUUUCUAAUCACAGUCUAUGUAAACCUGUAUUUUCAAGAUGCUGUUUAAUAAUAAAAUCUUCAAUAUGAUGUUUUGCCUGUUUGUGGCAUCACUUCAAUAAAUGUGCGUGUUGACACAGAA